GGAGUAUUAAAAUUAUUUAGACUAAUAACGAAAUCACAGUCGAUAAGACGUCUUCACAGCAAAAUGGAUAAAAAAUAUACAGCGUUGGUGCUGGCCUUCUUGGUGGCUGCGGCAGAUGCAAACUCUAUAAUCCAAAAAACCCAACCAACAUCAAAGUUGUUGGAAGCAGGCCGUAAUUGGGGUGACCUUGGACAGUCCGCUACAGUCAACGAUUAUGUGGACAAUACCAUUGACAUGAUCGUGCCCUUCAUCCAGAAGCAUGGCCUGGACCCAAUGGAGCUGCCGGACGUCAUCGAAGGUUUUGAAGUCAGACCUUUGCUGAUUACGUACAGCGCGUGGCUGAAGAUACACGAUGGUUACAUGACUGGUCUUGUGAACGUGUCCCGCUCUGGCGACCAGGAAGUUAACUACUUCGCCAAGAUGUUGCGUGUGCGCGUGCAACUGCAAUUCACUGAUCUUAAGUUCAUCUACAAAUACUUGGUGAAAGUGAUGAACUUGGGACCUACAGGUGGUAUCAUCGCAACCCUCAACCGCUUCCGUGUUAUCGUCGAUGUUUUAAUUGACUUCAACAAUGACGAGAUUCAACUUCAACAAUUCAGGCUCACUGACAUCGGCCGUCUUCGCGUUCGAUUCACUGGCAACAUUUUGACUGACUGGCUGGUAAACCCCGUUCUCAACGUGUUCGUCAGAAUCUUCGACACCAUCAUUAUCAAGAUCGUUGAAAUUAAUAUCCGUAAUGCUGCACAAAGUGGAAUCGAUGCUAUCAACGCUGCUGUUAAAGAUGUGAUCAACACUAUUGAAUCGUUUAAUUAGUUUUAUGACUACCUUUAUUACUUACCCUGCAAAUAAAAGAACAUCUACCUAACCUAACAAUUACUGACUAAUUACGUGGAAAUAUAAUGCCGUACAGUACAAUAAAUCAUUUUUAA